AUGCCCGUCUCAAAGUCUGUCUCGCCACCCAAGCGGACGCUGCUUCUGGCUCCUCCCACUCUUGCCUCCCACUCUUCCGCCCUCUCGUCUGUCCUCGCCGACUAUGAUCGCUCCGUUACCGAUCUUCAGAUGCUUGACCGUCUCUCUGCGGGACUGGUCAAGCUGCCGUCCUCCACCUACGACAGAGUCCUGAUCCUCGCCGACGCCUCGUUCAUGCUGGGCGAGUCCCUGGCUCUGAUGAACCGCGCCGUUCUUGGCCCUGUCGCGGAAGCCCUCAAGCCCAACGGUCGUCUGCAGUCGCAGGAUGGAAACAGCCUGGAAGAGUCCACUCUGUCUAAGGAAGCGGUGCUGGCCGGUUUGGUGGCUUCGCGGGGAGGUUUCGAGAAGCCCGACUAUGGCGACAACGAGGGAGCCGUCACCUUGAAGUUUGGUCUUAAGAAGAAGAACCAGCCCGCUCCUCUUGCGGAUGGUUCCGUUCCCCUCAAUUUUAAGAAGAAGAAGCCUGUCGAGGUCAAGCCCGUUGUCCCCGUGGUCCCCGCCGGUGUCGGCUUCAUCGAUCUUAGCGACGACCUUGACGACGAUGACCUCAUCGACGAGGAUACCCUCAUGACAGAGGAAGAUCUUUUGCGCCCCAUUAAUAUUCCUGUCGAGUGUCAGCCCAAGGCCGGUAAGCGCCGUCGCGCUUGCAAGGACUGCAGCUGCGGCCUGGCCGAGCGUCUUGUCAAGGAGGACGCUGAGAAGCGUGCCGAGGCCGACAAGAAGCUCGAGAGCGUCAAGUUGGCCACCGACGACCUUGCCGAGAUCGACUUUACCGUCCAGGGCAAGGUUGGCUCAUGCGGCAACUGCUCGCUCGGCGAUGCUUUCCGAUGCGACGGGUGCCCUUACAUCGGCCUGCCGCCCUUCAAACCCGGCGAGGAGGUCCGGCUGCUCAACAACGAUGUGCAAUUGUAA